ACCACAACAACAACCACCACAACAACCACCACCACCACAACAACAACCACCACCACCACCAAUAGCCUCUUUGUGCUCAGCACCGUCCUGGACGUCGGAGCUCCGCCGUGGGCCCCCUCCACGACGCGCCCCCAGGGCCAGCGUCGGGGGCAGGGCCAGGCUCAGGGCCAGGCCCAGGGCCAGGCCCAGGGCCAGGCUCAGGGUCAGGCCCAGGGCCAGGCUCAGGGUCAGGCUCAGGCCCAGGGCCAGGCCCAGGGCCAGGCCCAGGGCCAGGCUCAGGGCCAGGCCCAGGGCCAGGCCCAGGGCCAGGCCCAGGGCCAGGCUCAGGGUCAGGCUCAGGCCCAGGGCCAGGCCCAGGGCCAGGCCCAGGGCCAGGCUCAGGGCCAGGCCCAGGGCCAGGCUCAGGGCCAGGCCCAGGCUCAGGGCCAGGCUCAGGCCCAGGGCCAGGCCCUGCGGGAGGGCAGCGCCGACGUCACCGGUGGGACGCUGCCCCUGGGGGGGCCGGAGGAGGGCCGCGGUGACGUUGAGCGGCCGGCGACCGCCGACGGACGUCCAGCGGCGGUCACCGCGGCGACGGCGGAGCUGUGCGCGGAGGAGCCGCUGACGCUGGUGGGCUCUUUCAAGGUGACCUUCUUGACCAACGUCAGCGUGGACGAGGUCCGCCGCUCGAACCCGGACGUGGCCCUCGGCGGUCACUGGCGCCCAGCGCGAUGCCGUCCCCGGCAACGCGUGGCAGUGAUCAUUCCCUUCCGCAGCCGGGAGUUUCACCUCUCGUUUUGGCUCCGCUACGUCCACCCCAUGCUGCAGAGGCAACAGAUCGAGUACAGAGUCUACAUCGUCAACCAGCACGGCGAGGAGACCUUCAACAAGGCCAAGCUGAUGAACGUGGGCUACGUGGAGGCGAGUCGAGACGCCGCCUACGACUGCUUCAUCUUCCACGACGUCGACCUCAUCCCCAUGAACGACCACAACCUCUACCGCUGCCACGACCAACCACGGCACCUGUCUGUCGCAGUCGACAAGUUCAAGUUCCGACUUCCCUACACGGGCAUCUUCGGAGGUGUGAGUGGCCUCUCCCGUGAACAGUUCCUCAAGAUCAACGGCUUCCCCAACUCCUACUGGGGAUGGGGCGGUGAGGACGAUGACAUCUACAACAGGGUGGUAAUGAGCGGCAUGGAGAUUCACCGACCCAGGCUACGCAUUGGCAAGUACCGGAUGAUCAAACACACCAAGGAUCCCAACAACGCUCGCAAUCCCAGACGGUUCACCAUGAUCCUGUUCACCAACGAGACGAUGCUGCAGGAUGGCAUCAACUCGCUCCAGUACGACUUGGUGCACCGCUCACUCCACGCCCUCUACACCAACGUCACGGUUGACGUUGGGCGCCCGCCGCUGAACUUCACGCAGAUGUUGGAGGACUACGUGGACCCCACCGUGGUCAAGGACUACGCCUCGGGGUGGUAGCAGCGUGCUGCUACACUACACUAUACACUACACUACUACACUAUACACUACUACACUAUACACUACUAAACUAUACACU